AUCCAGGAGCUUUCCCGCGCUCGCUCGGAGCAUCCACCACGUAGCGCGCGAGCAUAGACGAUCGGCUAGCGAAACGUCGGCGAAACGUCGACAACCCGAGAAAGGAGGUCCGUGUUAUCGUAGUCCAGACUCGUCUGGUGGGACGCACCUUGCACACACCCUUUGGAACACGGCCUCUUCUCCCAUAUGGGCAAUUAAAAUUCCUCUCUAUUGCGCGUCACACGAUCAGUCGCGGACGAAACGAUGAGGAUUUGAGUGGAUCCAUCAACCAUCAACCACUACUAUGGAUCCAAGGCGAAGCAAGGGCGACGCCGACUCCUUCCAUUCGUCAUCGUCAUCGGCAUCGGCAGGCGGCUCGGUGCGCGUGGACAGUGACGCAGCAGCGGCGGCGUCGACGGCUGCGGGGAAUCUCUCGGGCGUCCCCACUACCACGACUAGCGGUGAUACUCUGGCAAGACCUUCUGGUAUGGCGCCAGGCACACCUCCUGCUCUUUCCAUCGAUCCAGGCACACCAACACCAUCGCCCAAUCCUCGGUCCUCACACCAUCAUCCUCCCCACUUUGCCUCGCCGCUCCGUUCUUCAAUUCACCCCAGGGGCGGGGAAGCUGCUUCAUCAGGCUCCGACGAGGGCAGCUCGAGGACCGUGUCUGCAAACGCCUCUGCCUCCACGCUCUUACCGGGCGCCAAGACGCCAGACGUCUACGUCGGCGGAGCUGGCGCUUGGAACAGCAACCAGAGCAGCGGCAGCGACGCUGGAGGUCUCUAUCGGUCCAAUUCGCACCAAGAUCAAAAGAGCAGCGAUCCCUUCGAGACAAACUUUGGCGCCUCGAUGGAUGAGCAGAGAGGGGACCAUCGUCGACGCAACUCGAUGUUGUCGCAUUCAGUCGACAUGACGCAGUCGCAAUUGGCUGUCAACAGCACAGGUGGUGCUCAACGAAGCAUGGCAGAGUCUGGAGCCGAGCCAGGCUACACGCACCAGUACGAAGAGGCUGUGGGUGGCCUCAAUUCGAGCUCUUCAGGGCCAAGGCUUGGCGGAGGUUACGCCUCGUCGGUCGAGGGCGAGUACUAUUCGGCCCCACCAUCAAGGCUCAUUUCGAGAACUCCCACGCCGGUUUACAGCGGGGCAACAGCCAUGCAGCAGCAACCUCCUCGACUCUCCAGCCCAGACUUUGCGGCAUCGGGGUCGACUGCAACGACGACUACCGAGAGCGAAGACGAAUACGAGUCAGACUACACUGCCGCAACGGCAGGUGGCGGUUUAGGCGGGUGGGGCGCCUCCUUCUUUGGCUUUGGAGCAGGGCAGGGUAACGGGAUGAGGGCAGGCUCGAGCAGACGGGGGCCAAUGAAGAGGUAUGCAAAGGGUGGAGGAUAUCACGCUUUGUCGACCAAACAAGGCGAUAAAUGGGACUAUGAUGAUACGGGCACGCCGCUUGUCGAGUCGCAACGGAGCAAUCACGCUCGAGGAGCAGGGGGGACGGGUACUGGAGGCAAGAAAAGGUGGAAGAUGUAUGAUGCACAGACCGGUGUUGCUUCGCAUCAGGAUGCUCCUUUGCGAUUGCGCAGGGGUAGCUCACCCACGGACCGAAGACGGCAAUCACAUCGGGCCAGAAGUGGUCGCAGGUACUCGUCUUCGGGUUCGCGGUGGAACCCAUUCAGGGCCAUAUCAUCCCUCCUCUGCAAGACCUUCCGUACUUUCUUCGGGCCGAUACACCCCAUCACCAUCUUCCUCGCUCUCGCCCUCAUCGCCGGCUUCGUCACGUCGGUCACAAUGCUCAUCAUCUACAUUCUCAACCCCGAUAAGGAGCCGUUGCCUUGGCGAACAUUCUGCCAGCAACAGAUGCCGUUUCCUCACGCCUACGCUGACGCACUCGCGCCCGUCAAUGUCAUGGUAGGCAUCAUGACUGUCGAUAGCAAGUACGAGAGGCGGAGCAUCAUUCGAAACACAUACGCAAAGCAUACCCUACCUACGGACGAACAUGGCAAUCCGACUGCCAAUGUCCAGGUCAAAUUCGUCCUGGGCAAGGUCAGGAAGGCGCAUGCAAGGCGUGUGGCUCUUGAAAUGGAGGCAUACAACGACAUCAUCGUCCUGGACCUUGAAGAGACCAUGACCGCUCGAAAAACGCACGGCUUCUUCAAGUGGGCUUCCGAGAAUGCCACUGUUCCAUUCCUCAAGCCAGUUGCGGAAGAUGCUCAUCGAGGUGCCCAAGAUACCGUCGUUGCCAGCCCUCACUCUCCUGGUGGCUUGGCUAACUUCGACUACACAGCCGAUCACAACGGCGCUGGUCCUUCCUCCGAUGGUCAGCAGCAGCAGCAGCGGUACGAAAUUGGGUGGAAGAAGGUCGACUAUGUUGUCAAGGCCGAUGACGAUUCCUUCAUCUUCCUCGACGAGCUCGAAAGGCACCUUCGCGUAGCUCCCAGGAGAUUGACCUAUUGGGGCUACUUGAUCAAGAACUGGUUCAUGGGAGGCGAGUGCUACGCGCUAUCAUUCGAUCUUGUCAACUGGAUGGCCCGCUCUCCAGAAGUGGCUCGCUCAGCCAAAGGCAAGGAGGACACGAGGACGCCGCAAUGGAUCGCCCUGCAUCCCAAUCGAUCUUCGAUCAACUGGGUAUCGGAGCAUUGUUGGAUCUACGACCACCCCAAGGGAGGCUCGCCAUACUCGCACGGCUUCCUCUUCCCAGACUAUGUCGAGAGGAUCAAGCUCGAAGGCAGAAAGGGCCUUAGCGAGCAGGAAAUCGCUUGGCGUGGCGGCGAGAGGGCUUCGCAUUGGUACUCAACAGUGACAAAGUGGCAUCAAAAGUACAUCGCUCCGAGGCAAGACCUGACAGUUGAAGAGGAAAUCGAGGCUCUUGUCGAGGGUGGUGGUCGCUGGGCGGGUAGCUGGGUGCGAGGUUCCGACGGGAGCUCUUCGGAGGUCUGGGUACCCUACGACGACAUUGUCUACGAAGCCGACGACCAGAGGCUCAAACCUUCUGGGACCAACGAGAUGGGUCACUCAGCCAUGGCUUUCGACGUUGGUCUUGAGCCUAAUUCGGGCCUGCCCAUUUAUGGAGUACCCGGAAACGAGAGCGCGAUUACUGGUGACAGAACUAUGAUGUCAGCUGUAGUUUCACCUCCUCCUUCCAUCGACCGCGACCAACCCCACGUGGUAGCACGCUACUUCGAUAGAAGGGAAGGUGCGCGUUACAUGACCGAGGAUGAUGGCGACGACGCCGGUCUCCUGCACAAACGACGUGAUUUCCUCGAUAUUGCAUCGCUGCCAAAAAGCUUUCUCAAGGCGCAUCGAGAGCAGUCAGAACCAGGUCCUCUGCCCCCGAAAGCACAACAACAGGGCUUCACCGUCAUCGAUGGGAAUCAGAUCCGGCUUGUUCCACGUCCGACGUCGAAGGAUGGCUUUGGCGACUGGGCAUCUCUACGCGCGAGGCGCUACCUCAACCGACCGCACGGCGGAACUGUGGUCGUUCACUAUCUGAAGAAGACAGAGUGGUGGCUCGAGACAGCGAUGGUGUUCUUGGGCCAGACAAAGAUGUGGCAGAACGGCGCAGGCGGUGUGGGCAGAGAGUGGAGGAUGGGAGGAAGCCCACUCGUCAGGCACGAUGGGUAUAUCAGUGAGGGCAGGAGUCAGCCUCGGCCUGAUGGGAGCGUUGCACCUGGUGAGGGAGUAGCAAUCGAAUACGACGAGCAUGUGGACAAGGAUUCGUGGAUGUACGCGGAUCAAAAGAAGGGCUCGUCGAAGAACAAGAAGCCAAAGACGCAGACGAAGACGAGCAUGGUGACUUCCUCAUCCACUUCGUCAUCUGAUCACUCCCCAUCUGUGGAUUCGGGUGAGAAAGCAGCCCUCCAUCACAAGGGAAAGACGCCGAACGGCGAAAUCUCGGGCCAGCAGCAGCAACCGAACGAAGCUCUUCCUCUUGGCAAGAGACCAGCAGACCCGACAGUCCGGAGCUCAUUUACAAGAAGCACACCGGUAGGCCAAGGCGCUCGCUUCGCGAAAAUUGCGAAAGAAGGUCCUUGACCCUGCCAGUCAAGACCGUCAAGAUACAUCUACCCUUUGUCUUCUCUUCCCGCGCACCGCGACGAUAAUUCUUCUUUCAAGGGAUGGCCCCUCUAUAUUCUCAGCCUCAAUACGAUAACGUCAGCAGCAUGUACGAAAAGUUGUUUUCUCUUUGGUAAUCAUCAGACGAGUCACUCUCAG